GUGUUUACGUCCACGUUGUGUAAAGCAUUAUAAAGUAUGUUCAUGUGUUUAUAGUUCAUUGGAAAAUAAUUUGAUUUGCAAAGAUUAAACGUUUAACAAUGGACUUAAGUGUUAAUAUUUUCAUCAUUACAACCUUACUCGCAACUGUUUUAGUGUCAGUGUUUGGACAAGAAGAAGAUGGUUACGUUAACCGGCGGCGUCGUCCAAGACCCAGGCCAGAUUCACAGGGAUGUAUACAAGUUGGCGUAUGUGGAGGAUUUGUUGGAGCUAGUUGCCCACGGGGCAGCACUUGCCGACGUAUAUGGCCGACACAAACCGCAGGACCGUGUUGUCUAGAUAGACCAGAUCCACCCCAUAACACAUGCUUAUACGGACCUCCCGGUCGUUCUUGUAGACAAAGUAGACAGUGUAGACCCGGGUACACGUGCCAAAUAGAGCCCGGAAGGAGGCGUGGUACAUGCUGUAGGAGUCAAGAUCCACCCAAUAACACAUGCUUAUAUGGACAACCCGGUGGUUCUUGUAUAGGAAGCAGACAAUGUAGACCCGGGUACACUUGCCAAACAGAACCAGGAAGGAGGAGUGGUACAUGCUGUAGGAGACAGAGUCAAGGAGGUACAUGCCCCCCAUCUUCUGGUAGACCCGGUAUUUGUGUAUUUGAUCCCAGGGUGAACUGUUCAUCUAACAGUGAGUGUAGAAGAGGUCAGAUCUGUUGUCCUGAAGGCUGUGGAAGAGUCUGCAAAAAUCUCGAUUAUUUUCCAAAUCCAUAUUUAUUAGGACAAGGGGAAGGUUACGGCCGGCAACGUCGACCGGCACCGGGACCUGGUUCACGGCAAUGUAGAUGGGGAUCUGUUGGCGUAUGUGGAGGAUUUGCUAACGCUCGUUGCCCUCAUGGCAGCACUUGUCAACUUAAUUGGCAGACACAAACCGCCGGGCCAUGCUGUAGAGAUAGACCAGAAAGUUGUCCGUAUGGUCAGAAUGGCGUGUGUGGAACAAUAGCAGGGCGAAUGUGUGGACCGGGAACCACUUGCAGAUUUAUGGGAAAUUUUCCCGAUGCUGCGGGAAAAUGUUGUUGGAACAGACCAGUGUCAAAUAAAGGCACAUGUCCCCCUUCAUCUGGUAGAGCGGGUAUUUGUAUUUUUGACCCAAGUGUGAACUGCUUGUCUAACCGUGACUGUAGUGGAGGUCAAAUCUGUUGUCGAGAAGGCUGUGGAAAAGUCUGCAAAAAUCCAGUUUAUCUUCCAGAUCCAAUUUCAUAUUAAAACUAAUUCAGUUAAAGUAGUUCUGCACGUUUGAUAACCCGGAGGUAAUCUUUUAUAUGGCUAACGUAGAACAAAGGCCUAACACAGUAUUCCGAAAUGAAAAUCAUUUUAUGAAUAAGUGGCAACCCGUGAGUAACAUUAUUAAAAUGACAACGUUACUUAUUUUCUACCGACGAAAUAUGAAAUCAAAUGAUUUGAUGUUAGAAUUUUCAAACCGUGUCUUACAAUCUGCUCAAAAUAUACGUAUACCAGUGAUCAUGGGCAAAUAUCUUUAAAACAAAUACAUGGACCCAUACAUUUUAUUUAUCUGUAUUAAAGCUCAUAUGUGCAUUUACGACUGCCAAAACAUCAUUAAAAUGUACAUUGUAGAAACAAUUCUAUUCGCAAAAUUUUGAAAAUAUCAAGCACAAGAUCCUUCCUUUUUUAUUUGAUUAAUUUUCUGGUAUAUCCUGGUUUUGAUUACUCGGGGUUUAAUCACAUAUUACACUGUAGAAGGAUAUUUACCCGAACGAGCAGAACUACUUUAAGUAUUAUAUGUAUUUUAUGGAAAAUGUGAUAUUUUUUAUUUCAACAAAUAAAUCCAGAUGAACAUUAA